AGGCUCAGCUGGCAGAGUGCUGGAGGAGGAGCAAGAGACUCCUCCUCUUUCUCACAGUCAUCUUGGACUCUUAAAAACUCCCCUGUCUGCCAGCACACAACAAUAAAGAAAACUAUUCUGUCAAACCCAAGACAAAAACAAAGGGGGCAAUGGCAAAGAAGGUGGCAGUAAUUGGAGCUGGGGUCAGUGGCUUGAUCUCUCUGAAAUGCUGUGUGGAUGAGGGACUUGAACCCACUUGCUUUGAGAGGACUGAAGAUAUCGGAGGGCUUUGGAGGUUCAAAGAAAAUGUGGAAGAUGGCCGAGCAAGUAUCUACAAAUCUGUCAUCACCAACACCAGCAAAGAGAUGUCCUGUUUCAGUGACUUUCCAAUGCCCGAAGAUUUCCCAAACUUCCUGCACAACUCUAAACUCCUGGAGUAUUUCAGACUUUUUGCCAAAAAGUUUGAUCUUCUAAAAUAUAUUCAGUUCCAGACAACCGUCCUUACUGUGAAAAAACACCCAGACUUCUCAUCAUCUGGCCAAUGGGAGGUUGUUACUCAGAGCGAUGGCAAAGAGCAAAGCGCUGUUUUUGAUGCAGUUAUGGUUUGCAGCGGCCACCACAUCCUGCCUCACAUCCCACUGAAGUCAUUUCCAGGUAUUGAACGGUUCAAAGGCCAAUAUUUCCAUAGCCGUCAAUAUAAGCACCCAGCUGGAUUUGAGGGAAAACGCAUCCUGGUGAUUGGAAUAGGAAACUCAGCCUCAGAUAUUGCCUCCGAGCUGAGUAAAAAUGCUGCUCAGGUAUUCAUCAGCACCAGAAAUGGUUCCUGGGUCAUGAGCCGAAUCUCCGAAGACGGUUAUCCAUGGGACAUGGUGUUCCACACUAGGUUUAAGUCAAUGCUCCGAAACAUCCUGCCACGAACAGUUUCCAAAUGGAUGAUGGAACAACAGUUAAAUCGUUGGUUCAACCAUGCAAAUUAUAGUCUGGAGCCUAAAAACAAAUACCUUAUGAAAGAGCCGAUACUGAACGAUGACCUUCCGAGUCGCAUACUCUAUGGUGCCGUCAAGGUGAAAUCAAGAGUGACACAGCUCACAGAAACAUCCGCCCUCUUUGAGGACGGGACAGUGGAGGAGGACAUUGAUGUCAUUGUCUUUGCAACAGGAUAUACGUUCUCUUUUCCUUUUCUUGAAGAGUCACUUGUCAAAAUAGAGCAUAAUAUGGUCUCGCUGUAUAAAUACAUGUUCCCCCCACAGCUGGAGAAGCCAACCCUCACAUGCAUGGGUCUCAUCCAGCCCCUAGGCUCCAUCUUCCCAACUGUUGAACUUCAGGCACGUUGGGCAACGAGAGUUUUCAAAGGCUUGUGUCACUUACCUUCAGAGAAAACAAUGAUGGAGGACAUUAUCAAAAGGAAUGAAAAAAGAAUUGACCUGUUUGGAGAAAGCCAGAGCCAGAUAGUGCAGACCAACUACGUGGACUACCUGGAUGAGCUGGCCCUGGAGAUAGGUGCCAAGCCAGACCUCAUCUCUUUCUUGUUAAAAGACCCCGAGCUGGCUGUGAAACUCUGUUUCGGGCCCUGCAACUCCUAUCAGUACCGUCUCGUUGGACCUGGGCAGUGGGAAGGAGCCAGAAGAGCCAUCCUCACCCAGAAACAAAGGAUCCUGAAGCCUCUGAAGACUCGCUCUGUGAAGGCCGCUCCAAACCUCUCAGCUUCUUUCCUGAUGAAAAUCCUGGCUCUUGUGGCUGUUUUUGUGGCUUUUUUUUCCCAACUUUAUGGGUUCUAAUAUGUCAGCAUAACACCUCUAGCUGUGUUGUCUCACCAGCCAGCACAGUUUCAAGGGGAAAAAAAAGGAAAGGAAAAAUAUAAAAGCUGUACUCCAAAUUUUAAAGUUAGGAGAAAUAAGUAACAGGAUUGUGGGGAAUUAGGAAAGUGAGGUCUAUGUUUAAAACUGAAGUGUUGCAAAGUUUCUUUGCUCUCCCACCCUUUUCUCAAGUUCACUAGACUCCCAAAAGUAUGAUAAAAGAACACAGAUCUGAUAGUUUUCAGCCUCGAUAUGGUUUUAAUUAUAUGUGGAAAAUAUCGAAUUGCAAAGAUGAAAAGCAUGUCCUAUGGUAUAAAUUAUUGAAAGACUUAAAUUGAAGCAAAUAUUUAAAACUCUUGCACAAUAUGCUUGUUGAUGUUUCCACACAGACUCUAUUUGGUAGCAAAGGUUAGGUUCUUAACAGUACCGGGAAUAGGGGUAAGGAUAUGAAAAUAAAUGUAAAAACAACACCUAUGCUGGCAUGCAAGCAAAUAACAUUUCUUGAUGAAAACAUAAAACAUACCUGCAUAACAGCCAGAUGAAAAUACAUAUAUGUACAUAUAUAUAGACAUAUAGUGUUUAUCAUAGACUAGAUACUGUGUUAUGUGUACAUUAUAAAUAUUAUUUUAAGUCUCACAAUUCUCAGAUGGGUAUGGAUAUUGUACCCAUUUUAUAGAUGAUGAAACUGAGAUUCAGCGUAGUUGUGUAACAUGACCAAGAUCACACAGCUGGCUUUCAGAUGGAGCUCAAAUUGAAGCCCAGAUUUGCUGGACUUAAAAACUGAGGAUCAUAACCUUACCACACAAAUAAGCUUACUUAUAAAAACCUCGUUAUUGGUAAAGUACUUAUAAUAUUUGGUUUCUCUUUCAGCUUUAAAAAGUAUUUGACAGAAUUUACAGUGAAAGAUAAUGAUGAAACAACACUUAAGAUAAUCUUUGACAUUUUGGAAAAAUAAGAACCAUGGGAUAAAUCAUAUCUUCCAGGUAAAUGAACAGCACUACCCCUGUGGUGGCGAACGUAUGUUAUGCGUGCUGCAGCCGGCGGCUUAUUAUCACUGAAAGCUUAAACGGUUCAUCAUCACUGCUCUGUACCAACUGAUCCCUCUGUCUAGUGCUAACCUUGCCGAUAACCCAAGCAAAAUGCUAAUAAUUUGUAAUCUUUUUCAUCUGAUAAAAGCAUAACAGUUAGGAUAGAUAAACAUGUUCUUGGAACCAAAGACUAAAAAGACAAGUCAUUCAGUGUCAAUAAACAUUGAGCAAUGCGACAGAGAAACAUUUGUCUAGGGAACAUUCACCCCAGUGGCUCUUUCCACGUACUAAACUUUGGGAGAUAAGCUAUGUUAUGAGCCCAAAGCAAAGCCCUAAAAAAAGGGCAAAGAUCAAAGAUGUUGAAGAUGUAGGCAAAUUUUUUUCUUUUCAUCUGUUCCGUUCCUUUGGGGACCCUGUUCUUAAUUUUGGCCAGGAUUUCUCCCUAGAACAGUGAUGGUGAAACUUUUCAGAUCACAAGCCAAAGCCCACAUAUUUAUUGCCAAGUGCCCGCACUGAGGUUAAACCUGAAUACUCCGGUUUUAGUUUAAAAAAAAAAAAAAAAAAAAACUCAUACUAAGAUCAUUUGCCUUAAAAGAAAAACACAAUAACAGAGCUUUCAAUGAUACAAACAGUUGUUUGUAAACAGCUUUUUUAAACAUAAAAGUCUGUAUAUCGGUGUGCUUUUGCACAAUAAAUGGAAUCUUUGCUGCUGUAUGCAAGCUGAUAAUUUAUCAAAUCUUGGCUGGGGCAGCUUGGCUAGGUGCCCACUGCGGCACCCUCAGUGAUCUGGAACCACAUAAUGGCGAUCUCUCUAGGUGGAAAUUUUUUAUAAAGUUCAUUGACAUAAUACCAACAUUUACACUCAAAAAUACUGCUUUCAUUGCUCCUAUAAGCAAUUCCUUUCCAAAAAAAUUGCAAAUGGCGGAUGUACUUAAUUCUUAAUAAAAAAGAAAACCUUAAUGAAAAGAAAAAGAAAACCUUGCCAAGUUAUCAAAGAUCAUAAACCUUAACAACAAAGGUCAGCAGACUCCUGGUGGCGGGCCAGAUGCAGCUAAAACCUGCUUUUCUGAAAUAGUUUUAUUACAGUGCGGCCACACACAUUCAUUGUCUCUGGCUGCUUUUGUGUGCAGAUGAGUACAAGUUGCAACAGAGCCCAGUAGCCCACAAAUCCUAAUGUACUGACCAUCUGGCCCUUUUCAGAAAUUUGCCACCUCCUGGUUUAUCAUAUGCAAGAUGUUGUCCUGCUACACAGAUAUUGUCUCAUUUUGUCUUCACCACUGCCCCCAAAGUAGCGUUAGUAAUGGGCCUUCUACAGUGGAAGAGACUGAAUGCUUGCUAGGUUGAUAUUAUAUCAAUGGAGGAAAAACUAGCUCCAAAAUGAUUGAUAAAUUUAGAGCAUAAAAAUUUUUCAGAAAUCUCCUGAGAUGAUUCCAAAUAUUCUUUUUAAAGACAAAUAAUUGAUUUCUAGAGAAAACUGCCUCUGAGGACAACUCACCCAGUCUAUCCUUCUACUUCCUAUAUCCUAAACAUUAAACUAUCCCAGACAAACUGUGCCGGGCAGUUCUGGGUUUAAAUGUGACAGUAACCCAAACACGUAGAAUCAGGAUCUUUGCUGGAGUCUGCAAUUUGAUAAGCCUUCAGGUGACUCUUAUGCACACUAAAUUUAGGAACCACUAGUCUGGGGUCUCACUACAAAAGAAAAAGCUGCUUUCAGAGAUUAGUCUGUAACAUUUUUCAUUACUCAAGGCCAAAUUCCUCAUGUUCCAUUCUAGUGCUUGUGCUACAGUUGACAAUGUUUGCUCUUCUGCAAAAGAUGUUAGCUGGGAAGAACAGUUUGUGCUGUCAGUGUUUGACUGUUUGAUCAUUUUUUUAGGCCUAGAUCUUGUAACCUGAACAAUAGAUAACAAUAAGAUAACAAUAUGCAUCGUAUUAACUAGUGUUAAUUUCCUACUAUUCUUUAGAAAUUCUUUUUUCUGUUUUGCUUUUGAAAAUAAAAAAUAAAGAUGUUAGCUGGAGAUAAUUCCCUCCAUAA